AUGGACAACAAUUUGGAGGUUUUCAGAACUCCAUGGAGAGAAAUAUCCUGGGGAAACAAAGAGGAACGUCUGCUGUACGUGAAGAAUUUUCAACCUCAGAAUGAAAAUGUCAAAGCCAUCAGAGUUCUGCUGUACGGCCCAGUCGGUGCAGGAAAGUCCAGCUUCAUCAACUCCGUCAACAGCGUCCUGCAGGGCAGAAUGACCAAUAAAGCUCUGACCAGCAACACAACCUCUGAUCAAAGUUUCACCAAGAAGUAUCAAACCUAUGAAAUCAAGAAAGAAAGCAGGGGGAACUUUUAUCCCUUUGUGUUCAAUGACAUCAUGGGUCUGGAGGACGGAGAUGGAAGAGGAGUCAGAACAGACGACAUCAUACUGGCCUUGAAGGGUCAUGUGAAGGAUGGAUAUAAGUUCAAUCCUGCAUCUUCUCUUUCUGAUGAUGAUCUUGGCUACAUUUCUUCCCCGUCCAUCAGUGACAGAGUUCAUGUUCUGGUUUGUGUUUAUUCUGCUGACUCACCAAAAAUGAAGUCGUCUGUUUUACAGAAAAUGAGCAAAGUCAGAGAAGCAGCCAGUGAUCUGGAAAUCCCUCAGCUGGCGAUUCUCACCCACUUUGAUGGCUGUGGUGAAAAAGAAAGAGAUUUGAGAAACAUCUACAGGAGCAAACAUUUAGAGAGAAUGAUGACUGACUUCAGCUCCAGUCUGGGGAUCCCAAUGAACUGCAUCCUCCCAGUGAAGAACUACAGUGAUGAAACUGAGCUGAAUUCAGACGUCACCACUCUGAUCCUGAGUGCUCUGAGGCUGAUGAUUGACUUUGGAGACGACUACUCCGACACACUGUGA